UGGGGGCGGUUACUGCCGUCAUUCUCAGCAUUAAAUUGCUGCGACGUUAUCUGCUAAUAAAAAAGCGAAGGAGAGCGCUGAGGAGAGACGAACAAGUUCAGAGAGAGAUCGAAGGACAAGAGAAGGGAAUAAUUAAGCAUCAUGUGUAUAGCUGCAUGGAUUUGGCAAGCUCACCCAGUGUACCCACUUCUCCUCGUACUCAACAGAGAUGAAUUCCACGGCAGGCCUACAAAGGCAGUAGAAUGGUGGGGGGAAGGAUGUGAGAAGAUACUAGGAGGAAGAGAUAUAUUAGGAGGGGGCACUUGGAUGGGAUGCACAAAGAGUGGGAGGCUUUCUUUUCUAACUAAUGUCUUGGAGCCUGACUCUAUCCCCUCUGCAAAAACCAGGGGAGAUUUGCCCCUCAGAUUCUUGCAGGGUAGAAUGAGCCCUCUAGAGUAUGCUGAAGAAAUAAGUAAAGAAGCCGAUGAUUAUAAUGGAUUUAACCUGGUAAUGGCUGAUCUCUGUACAAGAAGCAUGUUUUGUGUCUCCAACAGACCAAAGGGGAAACCUGUCACUAUUCAAGCAGUUUCCCCAGGCCUUCAUGUUCUCACAAAUGCAAACCUGGAUGCUCCUUGGCACAAGGCAGAACGGCUGGGUAAGAGUUUCAAGAAACUACUACAUAAGCACGGAGAGGAAGAAAUCUCUGCAAGAGAUAUGGCUGAGAAACUUAUGACAGAUACCAUGGAAGCCGACUUAGACAGGCUUCCUAACACUGGUUGUGAUUCCGAAUGGGAACGCCAGCUGAGCUCUAUCUUCGUUGAAGUGGACACCAAAUUGGGAAAAUAUGGGACUAGAAGCACAGCUGUUCUAUCUGUAAAGGAAAACUGUGAUGCAAGUUUGUACGAGAGAUAUUUGGAGGGAGGGGUGUGGAAAGAACACACAAUUAAUUAUCACAUAGAGAAUUUGGAGUAGAUUGGAAGGAGGACAUCUUUUAAGAGAAAUGGGUCCCAAGACAACCAUCGCUGUCGUAAUGUUCCCUGUUCAAAGCCUUUAAACUGAAACUGUCAAUUGUAAUUGUUUUCAUCUUUGUUUAUUUGAAAUUGGCUUUCAUCAAUGUGAAAAUAAAUAGAUUGUAUUCAACAA